AUGCAACUCCCCCUCACCUUUGUUGCAGGCCUUCUCCUGGGCCCCUUUUCCUUCUUUGUCGAAGCCAACUCGGUGGCUCUUGAGCGCCGUAACAUGUUGAUCUCAGCUAAUCAUCAGCUGAAUAUCAAGGCAGUGAAGCGCCAGGAUAACUAUAUCCAGAGCAAGUAUUCUGCCGUCUUAAACAACUACGCGCACAACACGGGUAAGAAACACCCGUGGAGGACCGUCAUUAACCGUCACUCAAAGCGGGGGUCUAAUAAUACCGUCGAUUUAGAGGAUGUUCAGCACCAGGCGUUAUGGGCUGGCAAGAUGACUUUUGGCGGGCAGUCGUUCAACGUUGACUUUGACACGGGCUCUGCCGACACGCUGGUCGUUCCAGAGGCGUACGAUCCCCAAAAAUCUCAAACCUCAAAAGAUUCUCGCCAGACAUUUACUACUUCAUAUGGCGAUGGUACCACUGCGCAUGGUACUAUCUAUUCCGACAAUUUGGAAGUUGCGGGCUUGAAAGCUACUGAUGCUGCUAUUGGCAGGUCCAAUGAUCACUUUAUCAGUAACCAGGAAGCCAAGUCAAACCAGGGUAUUGCUGGUAUGUCAUACCCCAGCCUUGCCCAGUUCCCUAAAGAUCUUCCUCCAUUUUUUGAGACGCUCAAACAGCAGAAAGCAGUAGACCAAGGCGUGUUUCAAUUUACACUCAAGGCCGGCAGUGGCUCUACGCUGAUCUUUGGCUCUAUUGACAAGAGUCAAUUUGAAGGUGAUCUGAUCUACGUCGACGUGGACCACUCGAAGGGAUUUUGGAGCACACCGGCCAAGCUCAAUGGUCAGGACAUCAAUGCCAUUAUCGACUCUGGUACCACGCUUAUAGUGGGUCCCAACGGCGAGGUUCAGUCUUUUAUCAGUAAAAUGCAAGGUAUGAAGCCUAUGCAAAAUGGCCCUUCUGGCUCAACGAUGUACACGUAUGACUGCAACAUGAAGCCCGACAUUACGUUUACCUUCGGCGGGAAGGACUUCAAGCUUAUUGACGAUGCUACACGCUACGGCAAGAUGGGUGACGAAUGUGUGCUCCCUAUUCAAGGACAGGAUUUGCCGAUGAAGGCGUGGAUUGUCGGUGACCCCCUGUUCCGAACCACGUCGAUUGUGUUUGAUACAGAGAAAAAUCGUAUGGGUUUCGCCAUGCAGUCUAGCAAUGGCGGCAGCGGUGGCGGCUCGGACGGCGGCUCGGACGGCGGCUCUAGCGAUGGCUCGGGUAGUGGUUCUGGCGGCUCGGACGGCGGCUCGGGUAGUGGUUCUGGCGGCUCGGACGGCGGCUCGGACGGCGGCUCUGACGGUGGUUCUGGCGGCUCUGACGGCGGCUCGGGUAGUGGUUCUGGCGGCUCGGACGGCGGCUCUGACGGUGGUUCCGAUGGCGGCUCUGACGGCGGUUCGGGUAGUGGUUCUGGCGGCUCUGGCAGCGGCUCUGGCAGUGGCUCAGAUGGCGGCUCGGAUGGUUCUGGCAGUGGUUCUGGCAGUGGUUCUGGCAGUGGCUCGGAUGGCAGCUCGGAUGGUUCUGGCAGCGGUUCUGGCGGUGGCUCGGAUGAAGGCACCAAGGGCAGCAGCAAGAGUCACAAAGGCCAUGCUAUGGGUCAUGUCAAGGGCCGUGCCAUGGGCGAAACCAGCUGGGCCUAG